ACACUCCAAAUCCCCCAAACGGUUAAUUAUUGCGGCUAGGUCAAAUAAAACGAAAAAAAGAGCAUUUAACCACUGCAAUAAGAAAGUUCAGUGAAGUAACAGGCAGCAGAGGAUGAGCGCGCGCACAGAGGGAGCAGAGCUGAGAGCGCGCGGAGGGGACGAAGCUCGCGCUCUUGCCGAAACGAGCGGUUCCGACACACGCCAGUGAAUUACUUCGACUGAAUUCAUGAAAAUUGAACUUCGAAGUGCAUAACAGGACGGCACGAGAGCGUGACGCAGACAAUGUGCCGAGGUAACGUUAACGUUAUGCGUUUCUGGCAACAGUUGAGACUUUCAUACCGGCUGCAUUUUGCUCCCCUAAGAGAAAAUCUGAAUCUGGAGAACUAACAUUUUUACCCUCGUUAUUUACUACAGUACCGUACUUAAACCAGUUUAGAUGAAGCUGCAGUUUUGCUCCCUACGCGAAACGCCUCAGGAGCAGAAACGCGCGAUGUUUAUUCGUUUUGGGGAGCUUUGGAGGUUUUAACGGGUCUCUUCCGAGGUCAAAACCGCGCGUCAAAGGACUCAGACCCGCUCCAAGAUGUGCCAAGGCGACGCCGCACCGAAACAACGCGCUGAAGGAUCACUAAAGGAAGCUGGGAAGCUUUUCUUGAAGCACACGACAUUUCACGGAUUGAGACACGUCUUUCUGAGCGGCUCGUACCCGCGCAGAGUCGCGUGGCUGUUGGCGUUUCUAACGGCUUUAGCGCUGCUUUUCACUUGGUCUUCAAACCGGGUCCGGUACCUGCUCUCGUCGCCGGUGUACACCAAGGCGCAUAUGGUUUACGCGAAACGCCUCGUGUUUCCCGCCGUGACGAUCUGCAACCAGAACAUCUUGCUGCCGCGUCGUAUGAAGAAACCGGACAUCUUCAGCGCGGGACGCUGGCUCGGACUCUUCGGGAAAAACUGGCAGGUGUCCCCCGCGGUUCGAGAAGCGCUUACGUCGCACGUCGACGGGACUAGUAGCGAGCCUCCCUGGUCACCUUUCUCUCGCAUACUGGACUUCAACCACUUCCUGCCUCCACCGCGAGACUCUCAGCCCUCCAUGAAGCAGUUGCUGGACCGUCUGGGGCAUCAGCUUGAAGAGAUGUUGCUUUAUUGUAGAUUUCAAGGGCAGCUGUGCGGACCGCGCAACUUUAGCACCAUCUUCACGCGCUAUGGAAAGUGCUACACCUUCAACUCUGGACAGGAUGGACGGCCGCUGCUGAUCACCAUGAAAGGAGGGAUGGGAAAUGGGCUGGAGCUGAUGCUGGAUAUCCAGCAGGACGAGUAUCUGCCUGUGUGGGGAGAGACUGGUACGUCUCAUUAACCCAAGCAAUCUCAUGUGUCUUCUCAGUUUUAGAUGAGAUCCCAUAAUAUUAACCAGCCUGAAUGUCAACGUUUGCUUCAUUUGUGCCUGUUUUUAUUUCUUCUAAAGAACCGUGGGAGAAACAUCUGAGACAAAGCUGGUACUUGCAUUGCAUUCAGCUGGAUACGUUCACUCUCCUGAGGAAUUAAAGCUUUUUUUCAGAUCCUGAUCCAGCAGAUCUCUAGUUUUACACUCCUUGUUCCUAAGACGAAUCCGCACUAAAACGCUUCCAGCAGAAGCUCUUGGGAUUCCACCUAUUCUUCCAAGCAGAUUUGCAUCAAAUCAGCAUGAUCUGAGCCGUCUAAAUGUCAGUAAUCUGCUUAUGAGGGUUUAGUUUCGGAUUAAUCUGUGUUUGCUAGACUGGCUCUCCAUCAGUAAUAUAAAUCAACAGGUUAAACAGAACGGACCAUGAAUGAACUGUUAAAUGAACAUUCAUGUCACAAAGCUUACCGCGAGAGACUGUUUCAGAUCCAUAAAAAAAAUACUGCUAGCGGGCAUAGACACUUCUUAGCAGCAUCUUAACUAAAAUAGCAACUGAUUUGAAAUGCUAAAUUGAUUCUUAUGCAGUUUGAUGUCAGCAUGUUAUUAAUAUUGACACACAUAUAGGCUAAUAAGUAGUUUACUAAGAAGUAGUAACAAUGAUGCAAACAAGGACUUUGGCCAAAAUGAGGUAUUUUAGAAUGCCUACGAUGCAUUAAAAUGCUAAGUAGGGAGCUUGCUAGCUUUUGGAGCAUAGCUGUAGACCACCACGAAAACCAGGUCAACACUCAGAACAACAGUUUAUCAGACAGAGCCCAAAAAAAAACAAAGAACAAGCACAACACCGCAGUAAACAACAACAGCAGCCGUUGGACAUGUUUGCCAGCAGAAGGUCAGAAUGCUGCAAGGAGAAAAUGUCUGUGACCUUUCCGAUAAAGUUCAAUCGGUUUUGAGCACUCAAAAUGCAAAAACUGACGUCAGGCCAGAUCCUAUUGAUCAGAAAGCGGCAAAUACACAAACGCGCGUUACAGCUGCAACCCAAUUACAAGUGAUGUGAUACGUCCCAGCUAGGAAGAGAACCUUCUGUCUCUCAGUGGGACCAGUUUAACCUUUCUAUGCCUACGUAAUUGAAAAGAGAGAGGGGGUAGAUGGGAAACCCUGCACACCUGCCUGUGUCACCACCCGACAUUUACUGAGAUUGUUUUUAUAAUGCUGUGAUUUCCCGAGGAGUUCUGCUCGUGCUCGUUCAAAUUUCUCCAAACGCCAGGUGUUCUCGAAGGUCUCCGAUAUCUAAUCACAUCCUCCGAGCAGAACUCUGGUUACUCGGGUGAACGCUGUCCUGAAAUCUCUUCCACAGCUGACUGGAUUUCUCUGUAAUUACAGAGCAGCUGUCUCGAAGUCUUGACAAUGCCAGACUCCUCCAGAAACUCUGCGCUUCACUGUUUCUCUCUAAGGCUUUUCACAUUUCACUUAACCCUGAGUUAACUUCUUUUUAACCCAUGUGUCACACUUUCGAAAGGGGGUUAGCAUUACUUUUAACCCUGGGUUAUAAGGUCCUGUUGACCCUGAAUUACGAAGCAAAGUGGUACAACAUGACACUGGAUUGUUGGAAUAUGUUGGCAAGACUUUAAAUAAAAGGUUUAAAUGGGAAAAAAAGUUUUUCAGAAUGGUCUCAGACUUUUCAUGUCGCCCUGUACUUGUCCAGGCUUUUACACUGUAAAAUCAUGAAGCGUGACUAGGUUUAAUUGACAAACCGAGAAUGGAGUUUAACAAGGCCCAGUCUUGAUAGUAAUACUUUGGGUUCAUUUUGUCUGAGUGCUAGAUUAUGCUCUAGAUGAUCUGCUAAUGUACAAUGAAACAUGAAACAGGACAUCUGUGAGUUUACUGUGGUCGGCUCAUUUCCCUCAUGUUGUUCUGUUUGCGCGUUAAUUAUCAUUAAGCAGAUGUUUAAACGGCAAAAAUGGUGAUAAAGCAGGUGGGAGACAUCCAUAACUCCACUGUGUACUCAUAGAGGAUGUGCUUUGGAAAUACAUUUGUAACAAUAGACAUUAGUAGUGCCACAUGCGGACUGCUCUCUGGACUACAUGAAAAUCCAGCAGGCUGUGGAAGAAAGCCAGCGUAUAGACUGUAAUAUACUGAUUUAAAGUAUUUAAUUGACACUGGGUAGUGUCAAACGCAGCCUGUAAUCUGUGCUAACACUGAUGUUUGCUUAGCUGUCCAUAGAGAUGCGUCUCAAAACCUGAGGAUUACUCCCGUUUACAGUCUGAGGAUGAAUGUCAAAACAUUACAGACGGAAGUUGUUUGAAAUGCCUUGAGACUAGUAUAUAAAGAUCUCUCUUCCUGUCAGUGCCGCAGUUUUUAAUGUUUGAUUCUGGUUUGUUCUGUUCGGUUCGUAUUGUCUGGUGUCUUUCUCAUUUUGAAUACUGUUGAUUUCUUGUUUGCUAAUUCGUGUUGCGCAUAUAAUAUGCCUGCAGAUGUCUCUUGUUGAGAACCAAAUGUUUGAACUCAUUCGUUGUAUUAUUUUCAAUGCUCUAUCACAAUUAUUGCAUGUUGAUAUUGUCAUACGCACCGUUUAUAUUCAUAUUCGAGGUGGGACAUUCUUAAGUCCUAUCUUGAGACUUUGGGGCCAAGCAGUAAGAUUGUAGAGGCAGAUACAAGUCCCCUUUAAGAGUUUUGGUUUGAUAUGUGGUUACCACGCAGAAAGACUGAAAAUAAAUAUGACCGUUCUGGUAUGAUGCAACAGUCAUGCUUAGACUCUUAGAAAUAAUAAUCUUAGAAAGCUACAUGAUGACAUAAAAAGAAAUAAAACAGUGAUGGUGGGCCUGUAUUUGUGUAUGUGCACAGCCAAACUCUUAUUUUUACUCUUGAUUUUUAUGUUUGUUUUCUGACCUUUUUUCAUCAUUAUUGCAUUGAUUUAUUGUUACAGUGAAUUUUAAGUUUUUGUAGUCAUGUUUUUGGGUUGUUGAUUAUGAUUGAUUUGGUUUAAUUAGUGGUGUUUGCUACGGAAGGUGUCAUUACAAUUGCUCGUAUCAGGAAUUGGUGAACAAGCACCCAUUUUCUUUAUCCACUGUCAUGAUCUUCUUUUACUUUGUCAGUGAAAAG